UUAGUGGCACCUGGCUCUUAAUGGAAGAGUUGAGUUGGUCAAUUUGAGUUAAUAAAUUAACAUUUCAAGGGAGAAAAAAAGCCUCUUCGUUUAUUUCUAAGUUUUAACAUUAAAUGUUAAAACUGUAUGUAGAUGAUUUCGGCGUCUUGGGUUUUUAUUUUUAAAUUAAGAAAACGCCCCCAAGUUGUGAUGGUUUGAUCCCGCAAAUCGGCUAACGUUAGCGUCGUUGAAAAAUUACAGGAUAUCAGACAGUUUUGGGGAGAAACUUGGUUUAAACUGUAAAGUAAUUCAACAUAUAUUGCACUUGAGUCAAAAACUAUGAGAGAGUUGAUGAAAAGUGUGAACCAUCAGCACGCCACAAAGCUGCUCCAUAACAAGUUCAUAGUGGUGCUUGGGGACUCCAUUCAGCGGGCUGUAUACAAGGACCUUGUUCUAUUGCUACAGAAGGAUAAAUAUCUCACCUUAAGACAACUGAAGAACAAGGGUGAGAUGAGCUUUGAACAGGACUGUCUGGUGGAAGGGGGCAGUCUGAUUGAGAUGAAUAAUGGAACAGAGUACAGAGAAGUCCGGCAGUUCCAGUCUGAUCACCACCUGGUCCGCUUUUACUUCGUGACACGCAUCUUCUCUCAAUACAUGCAAAGCAUCUUAGAGGACUUCCGUCAUGGCCUGAAACCUGAUGUUAUCAUUGCCAACUCCUGCAUUUGGGAUAUUUCCAGAUACAAUUCCAAUUGGAUUGAUGACUACAAAAAGAAUCUCCAAAGAUUCUUUGAUGCUCUGAAUGAGAUUCUGCCAGAGGAAACGUUGGUCAUUUGGAACCUCACAAUGCCUCUGGGAGAGAGAAUCAAAGGGGGCUUCCUGGUUCCUGAGAUACAGCACAAAGCCCCUCAGUUCCGUUAUGACGUGAUCGAAGCCAACUUCUACAGUGGAACUCUGGCUGAUGCUUAUGAAAGGGAUGUGUUGGAUCUCCACUUCCAGUUCCGCUUCUCCCUGCACCAUCGAACCACAGACGGAGUCCACUGGAACGCCAUUGCCCAUCGCAGGAUUACUAGUCUGUUGUUGCAGCAUAUCGCCCAAGCGUGGGGAGUAAUAAUGCCCUGCCCGCUGAUUGCUGUUGAGCAUACAAACAUUCUUCAACAGCCAGCCAACAACUAUCCUCCAGAAUUUGCAGAGUCAUCCUCGGCAACAUUCAAUUAUGAUGGCUACAAAGAGGAAUUCCAAAGGGAUUCCUUUUCUUUUGCCUAUUUAGACUUUGAAGACAACCCACAUCUACAGCUACAUGGAUACGAGGCUCCAAGAUACUUGAGACCCUCUGUCCAGCCACAGCCUCUCCUGGACUACAGGCAUCAGUAUGAACACAGACAAGCUAGAAACGCUUCAGAGGACUGGCUUCCCCACCCCUUUGAGCCCUACAGAGAGCACCAUCAUCAGUAUGUGAUGAGGAGCCGCCACACAAGACACCUCUACACGCCGUACACCCAUCACAGAAAGAUUCAGUAUGCGCGUCAUGGCUCCUACCAAAGUUGAAGUGCCUAAACUAGCAUAAAAGAUUAGUACACUCCAGUUAAUAUGCCUGAUCUUGUCGAAGCACAUUUAAUUUCUGCGUGUUUUUCUGCAUGGUAGUUUGAAACCCUUGCUAAGCUUAAACAUUUUUUUUUUUUACAUUUUUUUUUCUUUACAAAGAAUUUUAAAAAGUUAAGCAUAUUGCCUGUCUUUUUAUUUUAUUUUGAACUUAAAGACUUAAUUUCUGGCAAAUUUCAAGUCAGCCUUUAAACUUGUAAAAGGGUACUUUUGGAAACUCAGUGUCACGUACAAAUUCAGAAUGACUUUUUUUUUUUUUUUUUUUAAUCAGACCAAUUAUAACAAAUGUGCUACCAUCACACAAUUCU